AUGUAUGAAGUAGAGAUAACUUUCCUUAUACAACUAAUUGAGCCAAAGUAUCACAGGAUGCUACUUCUCACAUGUACUUUGUUUGCCCUUUGUGGAUGUCUGUCGAAGGUGGUUGGUGCCCCCGAGCCAUGUUGCGUACCAGCACAAUGGGAGGCAAACAUGGAUCAAUUGAUCGGUGAAUCCCUGCCCCCACCCACCGGUGAUCUGCAGAUCACACAAGAUGGCCAUAUUUGGUUUGAUGCACCACAUAACCGAGUCGCCUUAAAGAUAAUGCAGGAGGUCCGUGUCGCGGGACAAACUAUCAAACAGGACGUGAUAGUUUUACAGGAUUACGAUACAAAAACACAGACCACGAUCCUACCAGCUCAAAAGAAGUGCACAACGAAACCAACCGCAACGGUCAAGAUUCAUCAAUGCUUAAACGAAACAAAUCCAACCUUCGUCAAGGCAUUAAACCUUGGUGGAUCACUUGAUGCCUAUAUGUGGAAAUCUAAAGUUGAUAACGACCAACAACACUUGGAAGUUACCUUAACCAUAAGUCAGGACUCAUGCCUGCCUAUAGCGAAUGUGUAUUCUGGUACUGUUGAAUCUAAGGGCGAACAAAUCCCUAUCCAAGGCUCCAUGUUGUACUUCGACAUCACACCAGGUUUGAAGGACACUGGCAUAUUUAAAAUUCCAAGUUAUUGUACUGAAUCUUCAAGUAUUGGUAACGAAGAUAUAGCGUUUCAAGGAGAGCGAUCACCAGGAUUACUCUUUUAAUGUAAAAGAAAAUGUUUUCAUAAAAUCUAGGAAACAUGAUUAUUUUAAAAAGUG